AUGACGUCCGACGCCUACCAAACCGUGCCCUGCAUCUCCCUGCGCGACUUUGACGAGCGCCGAGCGGAGAUCACAAAGCAGCUCAUGGACGCUUCUACGCUCGUCGGCUUCUUCACGCUCUGUGACCACGGCAUUCUGCAGGAGCAGAUCGACGAGGCUUUUGCGUACUCGCGUCGCUUCUUCGCCCUGUCCGAGGACAUCAAAGCCAAGACGCCGCUCAACGGCCGCAACAUGGGAUGGGAAAGCCGCGCUCAGGUGCGGCCUUCGACCGGCACGGCCGACAUGAAGGAGAGCAUGCAGCUGCAAUUUGCUCGCAUGGAGGGCAUGUGGCCUGCCGAGGAGGAUCUGGCCAGCUUUCGACCGCAGAUGGAGAAGUUUAUGGCCAUCGUGCAGCAACUGUCGGUCAGGGUGAUGGAGUGCUUCGCCGAGGGGCUCGGGCUGCCCCUGGACACUUUCACCGAGGGCACCGUCGAGACGGGCAAGGGCGACUCGCAGAGCACACUGCGCCUACUGCACUACCACGACACCAAGGGCAAGGAGUUCGGUCCCAACUUCUGGCGAGCCGGCGCGCAUGCCGACUUUGACGUGCUCACCAUGCUCUUCCAGCGCGACGGCGAAGGCGGUCUGGAGGUCUGCCCCGGUCGCAAGGUCGUGGGCGACUAUGGCAUGGGCAACUCCUGGACACCUGUCGAGGCCCGCAGCGAUCGCAUCGUGUGCAACAUUGGCGACCAGCUCAUGCGGUGGUCGGACGACAGGCUCAAGUCGACUUACCACCGCGUCGGCAUACCCAAGCAGCACCAGGCGUGGGCGCAGGGGCCGCGCUACUCGAUUGCCUUUUUCAACCAGGCCCGCUCCGACAUUGUCAUCCAGGGGCCCCACAAGAAGUACCCACCCAUCACGGGCGCCGAGUUCAUCCAGCAGGCGCUGGCCCGCAAUGCGCUGGCCAAUGCCGAAGCGGCCGCCCAGGCCAGCUCGACCCGCUCGGUCCUCGAUGCUCCCCCCGCUGCGCACCCCACAGUACCCCAAAGUGCAGCCGCGGUGGGUGAGCACGUGGCACCUCAGAGGGCAGCCAUCGUUGCUUGA